GCGCAGAGACGCGUCACCAUGGCACCCCUCGGACUCAAAGCACUUGUUUGUGACAAGAUCAUGAAUGAUGUGAUCAGGAAGGCCAGAGAGAAGGGGAAAUGGAAGGUGUUGGUGGUGGACAAGCUGAGUAUGAGGAUGAUCUCUUCCUGCUGCAAGAUGACCGACAUCAUGUCCGAGGGCAUCACCAUCGUAGAAGAUAUCACCAAGAAGAGAGAGCCUCUUCCCAGCAUGGAGGCUCUCUACCUCAUCACACCCUCAGACGAGUCAGUAGAUGUUCUGAUCGAAGACUUCAGAGACCCCAGGAACCCGCAGUACCGAGCGGCCCACGUCUUCUUCACCGACACUAUCCCAGACACACUGUUCGGCCUGCUGACCAAAUCCCGCGCCUCCAAGGCCAUGAAGGCCCUGACAGAGAUCCACGUCUCCUUCCUUCCCUAUGAGUCUCAGGUGUUCUCUCUGGACAGGGUGGAUGCGUUCCAGGACUUCUACAGCCCCUACAAGGCAGACGUGAAGAACAACAUGCUGGAGAGAUGUGCGGAGCAGAUCGCGACCCUGUGCGCUACGCUGAAGGAGUACCCGGGCAUACGUUAUCGAGGGGAGUAUAAAGACUGCGCUACACUGGCCCAGAUGCUUCAGGAUAAACUGGACGGAUACAAAGCAGAUGACCCCACCCUGGGCGAGGGUCCGGACAAGUCUCGUAGCCAGCUACUGAUCUUGGACAGGGGGUUUGACCCGGUCUCCCCCGUCCUCCACGAGCUCACCCUGCAGGCCAUGGGCUAUGACCUGCUGGGCAUUGAAAACGACGUCUACAAGUAUGAGACCAGUGGGAUGGGGGAGGUGAGGACCAAGGAGGUUCUGCUCGAUGAGGACGACGACCUGUGGCAGAGUCUGAGACACAAACACAUCGCAGAGGUCUCCACGGCCGUGACCCGCUCCCUCAAGGAGUUCUCAGCCAGCAAGAAGCUGAGCACAGGAGAGAAGACCACCAUGAAGGAGCUGUCCCAGAUGUUGAAGGCCAUGCCCCAGUAUCAGAAGGAACUGAGCAAGUACUCUACCCACCUGCACCUGGCUGAAGACUGCAUGAACCGCUACCAAGGAACUGUGGACAAGCUGUGUCGCGUAGAACAGGACCUGGCGAUGGGCACGGACGCAGAGGGGGAGAAGAUCAAAGACCCCAUGCGUGCCAUUGUGCCAGUGCUGCUGGACGCCAACGUCUCCGUCUCAGACAAGAUCCGCAUCAUCCUGCUCUACAUCUUCCUCAAGAACGGUGUCAGUGAGGAGAACCUGUGUAAGCUCCUCCAGCACGCCAACAUCCCCCCAGAAGACAGUGACAUCAUCUCUAACAUGGCUCAUCUGGGUAUGCCCAUCAUCGCUGAGGGAGUCCCCAAGAAGACCAAGAAACCCGACCGCAAGGAGAGGGUCAGCGAGCAGACGUACCAGCUGUCCCGCUGGACCCCGCUCAUCAAGGACAUCAUGGAGGAUGCCAUAGAGGAUAAACUGGACCCAAAGCUUUACCCCUACAUCUCCCAGCGCCAGGUCUCGUCCAAGUCCAGUGCUCCCUCCAGUGCUCGCUAUGGAAACUGGCACAAGAACAAGGGCCCCACUGAGAUGAAGACGGGCCCCAGGGUGUUGGUGUUCAUCAUCGGGGGCGUGACCUACAGCGAGAUGCGCUGCGUCUAUGAGGUCACCCAGGCAAACGGCAAAUGGGAGGCCAUCAUCGGCGCCACCCACAUCCUCACCCCCACCAAGUACCUUAAAGAACUACAGCACCCAGACUUCAUGGACCCCAACGCGCCACCCGAGGGCGCAGAAGGCCCCGCCGACCCCCCCGCAGAAUGA